CACGACCAGCUAUUGUGCCGAAAGCAGGGCUUUGGGCCACUCAAGUGAUACCCAUUUAACUGGCAUCACAUUUACAUGGGACAUUAGUACCACGACAGUCCAAUUGGUAAUUUUGUGCAAUUUUCGGUGCGUCAGUUCAGUGUGUUGACAGUGUUAAAUCAUUGAUUUAGUUCACCCACACCUUGGAUUUAUCAAAUUUUUGAUUGUUGACGGUCUUUAAGAAAAGAAUAGCCACCACCUCUAGUUUAAGUGCCUACAUGCGGUUUCUGGUGUCAUUUCAACACCGAUCAAAAAUGAGAUAUCUGGUACUCGUCCUUUUGGGACUGUUGGUACCGUAUACGAGGGCCGAACCCUCUGUCCACAUUUUAGCAGAAACCCUCGAACAAGUGGUGACCUCAACUACCUUGGAAUGGGUCCCGAGCAGCAGUAUUAACGACGCUUUGAUCAAGAACGCCGUAGUUGGAUCCAACCAAACCAUUGAAGCCGAGGCAGACGUCGAGGCCAAUGAAGAGGACUUGGAACCACCGACAGCCCCAGUAUACAUUUGCAGAGCAAAGGCAAACGGAGUCUGGGUGUCUGGUCAGCUUCGCCCCGACAAGAACGUCUGCGUGAUUUCUUUGUACAAGACAGUAAAGGAAGAGAAAUCGUUUGAAAUUCUGAUCAACAUCGAAAACAGUGCUCGCCUCAGCUGGGUCUACAGAAACAAGUACACCCUCAACCCACCAGGUGGCGUCUGCAGUGAUGAGCAACAUAAACACUUCAUUGCUAGAAGGAAAGCAAAGACACACGGCAAGAAAGGGUCGUUGAGCUACUACAUGGGCAUCUUCGAUCCCAACGAAAAUUUGGGCGUGUUCCAUUUAGUUGAUCAAAACAACAAUGAAUUGGUUUUUGAAGAUGGGGAGAUUUUGGUUGAAUCUGAACCAAUCCGCUACGAAUUCAAAUCAAUUAAAUUCCAUAGAACUCACCGACCCUUCCCGAGGAGGCGCACCAUCCUGGGUACAGCAAUUUUGAAAAACGAAGAAGAAGGUCUACAACGUGUCGAAAGUGUAAUUAGUUACAACUACACCUACACUUUAUCCUGGGGUAAAGGACAUGGCUUACUUACUGGAGUACCAGUUUCCAUUCACCUUUCCAACGGUACCACUUUGGACGGACACUGGGCCAUAGCUGAGGCAAAAGACAAAGUCGAAAUAUCACCCAUUGAGAGCUAUUUGGAAGCUGGUACUGGUGUAAAUGUAACCUUAGUAGGCAACUACACCGAAACUGAUAUUCCUUACACUGCCACCGUAGUUGCUAUCUACAAAGACAAUCGACGACGCGAGUGGGUCAUCCACGAAAGCAAACGCGAGAGGAAAAUGGUAGACGUCUAUCCACAUUUCGAUCCAAUUUACUUCCUCCACAAUAACAGCCACGUACCCACCACAACGACAACCACCACGACCACCACGACAACCACAACCACCACCACAAAAACCACCUCGACCACUCAGGAAGUCACCCCCAUAUCUUCCCCGCCAGAAGUGAUCGUCAUCAACCAAAAGGCAUCAUCUGAAGUUGAAGCACCACCGAAGAAUGAAGGCGGUGGAACCAUGUUUUCCGACGACAGCGACAGCAACGCUUCAUCGUUGACCAAGAAUUCAGCCGAAGUGAAAUCCAGUUCUGCUGUUAACGUAUUCAGUGGUUUCUUAUUGUUUAGUGCGAUCGUGACCCUCAGGGUCACGUAAGAUGAAUGCCUCUUGAUUGCUGUAGAUCGGCGCGCCGAGUGAUGAUAAGUUUGCAUAAAAAAAGCUAAUAGUGAAAUGCUUGAUUAAUUUCUUGAGGUUCUUCAUUUCCUUAGCGUAGAACUUUAUCAUUUUACAUCUUCGAGGUAGUUGUUCAGUUUUAUGUACAUAGACGUUGUAAAUAAAGUGACAAAAGGAUUGGAGGAGUGAUUUUUUAAAGUGACAAGUUACGUCCAUAGUUAGAGCGUAGUUUGAAACCAGGGGGGAAUAAUCUGAUUCGGGGAGAAUUUGCAUUGACUUUAUAUUUUGCAAUUGUCAAAAGAUUGUAGCGCGUGGUAAUAUAUUUUUGCUAAAAUUACGGCUAGGUGUAACAGUAUUGGAAAGGUACAAAAAUCUUUUUCAAUGUUCAUUGUUGUAAGUUAUUCAGGUGGCCUCUACGUCGUCUGACACUUUCUCUCACUCUCUUUCUCUAAACGUAAAUAACUUCAAUGGCCGAUUCAAUAAAUUAGUCAUAGUUACAAAGAGUUCAUUCCAUUUUAUAAGUACAAACAGAAGUUGUUUCCAUUUAGAUCCAAAUUAAAUGUCUUUUAUCUUUACGUAAAUCAUCUUAGCAAUCAAACAGGAAAUUUUAAUGUUUAAGGAUUUUAAUGCUGUUUCAGAUGUUAUAUAAAAAUAUUAUGUAUUAUUGUAGUUCAGACAUAAACACAUGGUAAAUCAAACAUAACUUUAUAAUGUAAAUUUAAUGGUUCAGGAACGAGAUAGGUGCAGCUUUAUUGAUUAAGGUACAUAUCAAUGUAGAAUUGAGAAAAAUGUUGAUUCACAGUAAAAGCGAAUAUGCUAAGUUGCAGUUUUUUUCAAAGGAAUGAACCUAAAUGUAAUCAUUUUAAUAGUUACGAUGUGAUAUAUAUAUAUAUAUUAUAAAAUUUAACAUUAUUCUCGAUAUGUAUUCUUAAGCUUAUCCAAUAUACUGGUGUUUUAAAUUAAGUAUGAAAUAAAAGGAUCAAAAUAAUGAAAAAUAUUGCUGUAAUUUCAAUAUUGAAUUUCUUCGUGUUCCUAAGAUACCAUUUUAGUCGCAGAUUGUUUAAUUAUGUAAAGACCGAGAUGACUCUAUGUCAGCAGUGUGAUUCAAUUGUGGACUGAACAUGUAAAAAUAUAAUUGUGUACAUUUUAUGUAUGUAGAUAUUAUAAAAUAUACUUAAAAAUAUUCGAAUA